CACCGGUGCGCUUGACGGCCAGGCUCUUUGUAGGAGUGUGGAGCAAAGAGCGGGACUUCCAGCAGCAGCACGCCGACAACACGCACCCACACGCCGCAGUGCAGCAGCCUUACAGCCGCUUCUCUUCUGCUACAACAAAGGGGAACUUUUCAAGUGACUCCUUUUAUGAGGGCGAGUCUGUUUUUGUACCGGGUAGACGUCACCUUUUUGGAGCAUGAGAACCAGCGUGGGGCGCAUCCUUCCAACUUUGUAAGCCCGCUUUUUGCCUUCAUUUCUCGGCUUCACCUCCACAUUGGUACCCGGAGAGGCUGGCGGAUGUGUCAAGGACUUCCACCUUUGUUGAAAAAAACAAUAAUUGCUAAGUAAGGCUAAAGAAGGAGCCAGGGGAUAAGUAGAUGGAUGUGACACUUUACCCGCCUCCCCCGCAGCCCCUGGCCGCCUCAGAGCACACCAGACUGGGGCAGCUCUCCUACCCCGAGCCGCCGUUUGGAAGCAACAAGCUGGAAGGUGAGGGCAUGUUCCUGAGCAUGCAGGAAGUGGGCGUGGACUAUGUUUCCAGCAACCAGUUCCGUGUGCCGCAGCCUCUCAGCAAGGCCACGCCCCCUAACCCCGCCCCCCAGCACUGGAGGAGGGACGACACGCAGCGUCUAGCCUGGCAGCACUGA